ACCAUUAACAAGUGUACAGUUUCCAUCCACUUUCCAUACCGCUUAUCCUACACAGGGUUGUGGAGGAGCCUGGAGCCUAUCCCAGGGAACACGUGGGCACAAGGCGGGGGACACCCUGGGCUAGGUGCCAACCCAUCACAGGGCACAAGUGCACAAACAUUCACACACUACGGACAACUGGAAAUGCCAGUCAACCUACAAUGCAUGUCUUUAGACUGGGGGAGGAAACCCCCAAAGCACAGGGAGAAUAUUCAAGCGCCGCGCACACAGGUUGGAAGCGGGAUGGAGGCUCCAAUCCCAAGUUGCGAGGCAAAAGUGCCAACCACUAAGCCACCUGCCCCCUCAGACAUGUUAAUAGAUUUUAUUUCACGUUAAUAAACUUCAAAAUUCACCACUUACCUUGAAAAGAAAGCGAGGGCACUGUGUUAGGGUAUCUUUCAAGCAACAUGAGCACAGGCCAAAACAUUACUAAAGUGAGACAGGAGGAAGGGGGCGGGGCUUCCAGAGAGUGUCAGUUACUAUCUGAGAGUUCAAAACUCUUGUGUAAUUGUCAGCCAUUCCAGGUUGUCACUUGACAUUUUUAAUAUGAAAAAAGAAGACUGAACCUUUGGUAUAGUUAUAUUUGGUAUAGUUUGGUAUAACUCAACUUUGAUGUUAAAAUGUGGCGCCCCUUUUCAUUGAUAAAUGGAGUAAAGGAAGGCUGACAAAUUGUGCAUAUCAAGAGAUGGUGUACAGUAAGUUGUAAUCUUACUUAAUAAAUUGUAAUCUUCAAAGUGACCUACACUUUAUGGUAGAUGUAAAUUAUUAUCUAAAAUAGCCAAUUAGACAAGGUGCAAUUUUGGUGUACCUGAUAAACUGGCAAGUCCUGACAGCGCCUACUCCAAGUGUACCUGCAAACAGUUUCAAUAUGUAUUACAAAUGAACUCUUCACAGAUUAACCGAAGGACUGAGGAUGAAAAUCCGGACAAUCGAAACCAACGAUGCUAAGCUGCUAUGAAGCGAAACCAAAUUUGCCUUUAUUUUAUCGGAUGCAAUAAAGUCAGCACAACAUCAGCACAGUUUAACAUAAAGGAACUAACAAGUCCAUGGCUUGUGACUGGAGCAAAAUGGAUGCCAUGACUUAUAUGUUAUACAUACUAUAAGGGACCAUGCAUGCCUAUAAAAAUGAUUUUAAUUAUGGAUUCUCCGAAUGAAUGUAUGUACUCGAACCCACUUGUAGCAGCCUGUAUAAAAACUGUCUUCUCCAGCAUAUCAUAUGAAUUGUGAUUUGGGUUUUUUUUUUAAAUCAGAAAGCUGCCUAUGUGCUAUUUCAAUGUGCAACUACAUAUAAUUUACUUAAUUGAGUUUAUAUAUUUGUUUAAUGAAGACAAUGCAUGUCUUUGGACAGCAGAGGAAACCUCCAAAGCACGGGGAGAACACACACACACAGGGCGGAGACGGGAUUAGAACCCCCAACCCUGGAGGUGUGAGGCAAACGUGCUAACCACUAAGCCUAUGUGGCAUUAUAGAAUUUUAAAAACAUCAUUAAUGAGGGGAGAAAAAAUGCAUAAUAAUAUGAUAUUCCUGAACUCCUGAAAGUUGCCCUGACAAUUCUGUAGUACAGUCGAAACUGACCUUUUUUAAAACCAUAUUUUACUACUGAUUAUAAACUUCUCCCCCACAACAGACAUUUUUAAAUCCAAUUUAUUCUCCAGGGCAUUUGAGUCAUUUUAAGAUCUCCAUCAUCCACAGCUAUCUGUUUGUUUCUGUCUUGUUACUUUAUUAUUAUUUUUUUGCGGUCUACCUGUUGUCUUAUUUAAUCUAUUUGGUUUCUUAAUUAUGGUGUUUUUAUUUGAUUUAAUCUUUAUCUUAUACUGAUUUGAUUUUACUGUGCAGCACUUUGGGUGAUGUUUAAAUGUGCUAUAGAAAUAAAGCUGACUUGACUUGACUUGAUGCUGUAUCCACUUCAGAUACAAACACUUCAGUAAAACCUCAUCACACUCCAACUUUAGGCUAAAAGAAAUCCAACUACAUGGUGACAGGCAGGAUCCACAGCCAAUCAGCAGUGAUAGAGAGAGUAAGAGUGUAAACAAAGUAAGAAUUAUGUUAAAAUGUAUUCAGGACCGAUGGAGUAUUACUUUGUUUGUAUUUCUUCCUCAACAGGUAAGACUUUUUUUUUUCUAAUUUAGUUGGAAGCUAUAGUGAAUGAUUGUCAGCCCAUUUAUCCUCAUAAUGGAGUUUGUGUCUUAACCCACUUGUUGACCCAGCAAACCCGUGAUAGCAAGGGUUGUUUAUGUGUUUCUCUGAGUUUUUGUAUUUCAAACUUGCUUAUAUCGGGUAAUGAGUGAGUCAUCGGGACCCUGUGUGUAUAUUUAUUGCUCUCUGUUUUAGCUUGAUCUGCAUAAUGCAUUUUCUGUAACAUUUCUGUAAAAUUGAGGAGAGAUAAGCAGAUAACUAUUAUAUCUUCAGUUGUAUUUAAUAAAAGACAAUUACAGUGAAGCUCUGCUCUCUGGUGUUCUAGAGUUGGGAAAACAGUGGUGUAUAAUUAUAGUGCUGUUCAUCUUCCAGCCAGCAGGUGGCGAUAAAAAACCCACAGAGCCAUUUGUGCUUCAACACUGAACCCAAAGAAGAAGCUGGUUCACGCUGUAUGCUGGGUAAAGCACCGGGUUCGACUUUGAAAAGCGCUUGGGAAUGUUUUUUAUCGGAAUUUAACAAUUAAAACGCAUUAUAAUACAAAGCUGACGCGAGUUACAGAGUUACAAUCAGACAUGAUGUCCAGUCCCUUUGGCACAGUUACAGCGGAGGCUGUUGUGAUGUCUGACGAAAGCCGAGCUCCGCCUCCGGGCUGUCCCAUGCACCAGGACGCUAAAAGAGCCGCUCCUCCGGCCGAUUGCCCCAUGCACCAUGCAUCCACUACAGAACAACCCAAGAGUGUACCAGAUGGGCCAGCACAUCAGGACCGAGCCUACGAGUUUGUGCAAUGUCCUGUGACAGGAGCUAGAGGAAGCAAACAUACAGCGUCUGACAUCAACCCUGCCAACAUGAUGCCUCCACCCAACCAGCAGCCUUCUCCCGGCCAGCCCUUUUCUCUGUCUGUGCUGCGAGAAGAGUCACACAUCCCUCGUUCAGGAUCGGACCAGAACUGGGUUUAUCCCUCCGAGCAGAUGUUCUGGAACGCCAUGCUGAGGAAGGGGUGGCUCUGGAAGGAGCAAGACAUCUCUCAAAAAGACAUGACGAACAUCAUUUCGAUUCACAACCAGAACAACGAGCAGGCGUGGAAGGAGAUCCUGAGAUGGGAAGCUCUCCAUUCUAAGGAGUGUCCAUGUGGACCUGCUCUUAAAAGGUUUGGAGGCAAAGCGAAAGACUUUACUCCGAGAGCCCGCUUUCGGUACUGGAUGGGGCAUGAGUUGCCAUUUGACAGACACGACUGGAUUGUGGACCGGUGUGGGAAAGAGGUGCGCUAUGUGAUCGACUACUACGAUGGAGGUCAGAAGUCGAGUCACACCAUCUUAGAUGUCCGUCCAGCGUUUGAUUCUUUAGGAGCCGUGUGGGAUCGCAUGAAGGUGGCGUGGUGGAGAUGGACCUCGUCGUGAACCUGUGCUUCUCUACGGGAAUAUAGGAGACUUAUAUUCAUACAUAUUUAUUGGUGAUUAUUUGGGCUUGUUUAGCUUACUCUGACAGGAAGUGCUGUGUUUAAUGAAGAUACUGUACUGUUGCAUUGCACACACACCCAAAUGUCCUGUACUAAUGAUGAUUAUUAGUAUGGGCUGUAAAUAUUAGACAUGCAAACAAGUAUUAGUGAAAUCUGGUCAAAUGCCAAUUUAUAUCACAGUUUAAUAAGCUGUCUGUAAGAAUUAUAGUGUAGUAGAAUGCUAACACAGGGCUAAAGCUGUUGAGAGUGAAUUAUACAGUAUCAUAUCACAUCACAGAUCACGUGAUUACUUUUUAUCGUUAUUCUUUUUUAAUAGGAAUGUAAUUAGUGAUUGAAGUAAUUAUAUGCACAGGAGUUCUAUAAUAAUUAAAGGUGUUUUCCUUUUUGCUUAAGUAUGAAAAGCCAAGUAUCUUCACCAUAAUUCUAAACGCUUAUCCUAGGUUGGUUAAAUUUCAACUUCCAUACUGAUGUCCUGUAAUCUGUAACAUGAUUUGUUUCCCCACUGUAUGAAGGCCAAUGUAUGUUCAAUAAUUAACAUCUUAAUUUUUCUACAAAUGUUGCGCUUUUAUGUUUUAGGAAAAUCUAAAUUCCUACCAUCAAAAUGGCACUUUGGUGAAUGUCUAUGCGCCAUUUCCACAGCUUGUGCUUAUUGUUAUGUUUCUAAUGAAAGUAGACUUCAUUAAGGCUUAUACUCCAUAUUAAAAGAGUUAAUUUGUGUUCAAUACAUCAUACAUUUAUUCCACAUUAUGUUAAAAUAAUAAUAAUAAUAAAAAAAUAGUCUCUAGACCGGAACUGAGUUUAGGGAGUCAGUGUUGCAACACCGACUCAAACUUCUGCGUACAAUCACACACCGACUCGUUAUUUUUUUUACCCACCCGUAUUCGUACAGUCCCAGCCUCCUAUACUAGGAUUGGUCAGUAGUUAACAUUCACAAGCUGUCCCUGAUUCAUUAUCAGGUCUUUCUUUUAUUAAUCCAUUAAUUCCUGUAAAAAUAUUUAAAAUAAAAAAAAGAUAAUUAAUCU